AUGGCUGCCAAAGAUCCAGGGUUCCAGACUCAAUGUCUUGAUAUCAUUCGCGGGAUCAAGGCCGCGCAUGAGAAGCAGAAUGAUCUUCUUGAGAAAUUGGUGACGCUUAUGGCUACACCAGUUGAACUGAAAGCCCAGCAACGCGAAGAGAAAUGCCUUGAAGAGAUUGAUGAAGUUCUUGUACAAGGGGAUAAACUCAACCUCGAUGAAGGAGUGUCAUCGGAUCUCAGCGUUGCGGCGCAAAAAGACACCAAUUUGAGCAACAUCCUUCGCUUCGCAUCUCAUUCUUACAAGAAAAGGCUUCAGCUCUUUGAGACUAGUCAAGAUGGACCACAGCCAUUCACUCUCAGCUCUCAACCACCUCCCUCGCAAUCUUCGUACACACUGCCCCAGCAGUUAGAGUACAUUCCCCAACGCCCAGAAGAUGGAGACGUCGUUGUCAAUGCCACUCAAUCUUGGAACUACUGGUACCCACGCGAUCAUGAGACACAAUCCUCCAGAAACAAAUCCAUCAGCCCAGUACCGGACUUCAUGCCACCAUGGCAACUUACCCGCGGAGAAAACGAAAAGUGGUAUCACAUCGACGACAUAGACUUGCAAUUUCCCCUAACCGCACCAGACACGCUAUCACCAGUGGUAGGAACAUACUUCGAAGUUCCUUACUCCUUCUUUCCGGGACUGCGGAACCUGAACAUGGCAUAUACGCGACGUCAAGGAAUUACGUACGGUGGUUCGGGCGAUUACUUGAUCGAGACUGCACUUACAGAGGCACAUCGAUACAAGAUUCGUCAGUCUCUUGGGGAGUUUUACGCUGUGCCGCAGGAUGGUCGUCUUCCUUUGUCAUUUCAUACGAGUGAGCUUCGCAUGCAGGUUCGUCAUCGACGGACGCGGAAUGAUAUCGAUCGCAGUCUCGAUAAAUAUCUCGAGCCUACGCGUGAACUACUUAGUAAACUUCAUUGGUUUACUAUCAUUGACCUCACGGCACCUGGGGGCUCUCAAAAUGCCGUAUAUAGUCUGCGAACCAAAUCAACUCCCUUCCAACAUGACUCUCCACCAUUGCGUGUUGAGGGGCCGCCGUGUUGGGAGAUGAUCCAAGCCUCGCUUCAGAGAGAAGGCAAUGGGUUUGUAUCAUACCCCUCAGUCAUACAAGAUCACCCAACGCAGCCGAUCCAUCGCGAAGGACGGUGGUGUCGCGUGAUUCAGCUUGACGGCCUCGCAAACAUCACCGCUGGUCUCAUGGAGGAGAAAUGUACCCGGUAUAACUCGAUGACCGUCUGGAAGCUUCUCUUCCAAGAUAACCAGCUUAAUGCAAGCAAGGGCCGGGCAUUUCGUGCCACUAUCAAUCAGCAUCUGCUCUGCAGACCGUCUGCAAAGGAUUUACAUGGCUCCGAAAACGUUCCGUGGAGGUCCUUUCACAUUUCGUGGUAUCAGCUUUGCACACAGCCUACUGAUGCAGCUGUUAAGCAAUCGACGUGGAACUAUGGUCGUCUUUACGGAGAGAAGGGGCCGUACAUCAAACAACAGGCUUUCACUUUGGGGUGUGCUUAUCAAGAGUUUCCCGGAGCUGAUGCUAAGCGUGACUCUUUCUGGACGGUCUUGAUCAUGAAGCCGUCCACUGCUGAUUUUGAUCCAUAUGAUGUGCACAAAGUCCCGCGACGAACAUACCCGCCUCAGAGUGAUGGUCGGCAAUACCGUUCAGAAGAUAUCAUCCUCGAUGCUAUUCGAACGAAUUUACAAAAAGCAGGUAAUGCAUGGAGUCGAAUGCAAGUAGCCCUCGACACAAUCGUCGAUCACGACCCUCUAUUUCUCGACCCCGUCCAGCACGACAAUCUUUUAUUCGACGACGACACGUUUUCAAGAUCAAGGCAAUACUUUUGGAUCGUCAGUUGUCUCGAGUCUUUUCUUAUUCUUAUUGAUGAUGCUAUAGAGGAGUGGAGGAGGUUUCGUGUAGAUUGGCCUCAUAUGCUUAUGGAGAUUGAUCCAGCGGAGGAGUCACGAACGGAGGAGACACCAGAGGCUUUGACACGAAGAGUUGUGGGGGAGAUUGAGGCGCAAGUUGAUCGAUUGAGGAUCAUAUCUGCUCGUUUCGAGGCAAGUCGUGACAAGACGAAAGCUCUCAGAGAAGGCCUCUUCAGCGCCAGUGGCGUGAUCGAAAGCCGUGUCUCAACUCGUCUAGGAGAAAACGUCAAACUCCUCACAUACGUCAGCAUCUUCUACCUCCCACUAAGUUUCUGCGUCGCCCUCUGGAGUAUAAACGAAGACUAUCCCCGACCAAUGCUAGCAUUAACAGCAGUUCUCGUCGCAGCUGUGACGUUCAUCGUCGUAGCUAACAUGAGAAACAUGGCUUCUCCGGGCAGGUUCUUGGGUAAAUAA